AUGACGUCCACUUCCACUGGCAAAUUUACCACAACAGUCCAAUUCGCGGAAACUAAAACAUCACAGGGCACUGCUGUCACAUCAGUACCACCAACCACUUCUACUGGUGGAUUUACCACAACAAUCCCAUCGACCGAAACUAAAACACCACGUAUAACUACUCAAACGUCAGUACCGCCUUCCACUUCCACUGGUGGAUUUAGCACAACAGUCCCUUCGAAUGAAACUAAAACAUCACAGAACACUACUGUGACGUCAGUACCGCUUUCCACUUCCACUGGUGGAUUUAGCACAACAGUUCCACCGACUCAAACUAAAACAUCACAGAACACUACUGCAACGUCAGUACCGUCUCCGACUUCCACUGGUGGAUUGAGCACAACAGUCCCUUCGACUAAAACUAAACCAUCACAGAACCCUACUGCAACGUCAGUACCGUCUCCGACUUCCACUGGUGGAUUUAGCACAACAGUUCCAUCGACUAAAACUAAACCAUCACAAAACCCUACUGUAACGUCAGUACCGUCUCCGACUCCCACUGGUGGAUUGAGCAUAACAGUCCCUUCGACUGAAACUAAAAUAUCAGAGAACCCUACUGUAACGUCAGUACCGUCUCCGACUUCCACUGGUGGAUUGAGCACAACAGUCCCUUCGACUGAAACUCAAACAUCACAGAACACUACUGUGACGUCAGUACCGUCUCCGACUUCCACUGGUGGAUUGAGCACAACAGUCCCUUCGACUGAAACUAAAAUAUUAGUGAACCCUACUGUAACGUCAGUACCGUCUCCGGCUUCCACUGGUGGAUUGAGCACAACAGUCCCUUCGACUAAAACUAAACCAUCACAGAACACUACUGUAACGUCAGUACCGUCUCCGACUUCCACUGGUGGAUUGAGCACAACAGUCCCUUCGACUAAAACUAAACCAUCACAGAACUCUACUGUAACGUCAGUACCGUCUCCGACUUCCACUGGUGGAUUUAGCACAACAGUCCCAUCGACUAAAACUAAAACAUCACAGAACACUACUGUGACGUCAGUACCGUCUCCGACUUCCACUGGUGGAUUGAGCACAACAGUCCCUUCGACUGAAACUCAAACAUCACAGAACACUACUGUAACGUCAGUACCGUCUCCGGCUUCCACUGGUGGAUUUAGCACAACAGUCCCUUCGACUGAAACUCAAACAUCACAGAACACUACUGUAACGUCAGUACCGUCUCCGACUUCCACUGGUGGAUUGAGCACAACAAUCCCUUCGACUGAAACUAAAAUAUCAGAGAACCCUACUGUAACGUCAGUACCGUCUCCGGCUUUCACUGGUGGAUUUAGCACAACAAUCCCUUCGACUAAACCUAAAACAUCACAGAGCACUACUGUGACGUCAGUACCGUCUCCGACUUCCACUGGUGGAUUUAGCACAACAGUCCCUUCGACUGAAACUAAAAUAUCAGAGAACCCUACUGUAACGUCAGUACCGUCUCCGACUUCCACUGGUGGAUUUAGCACAACAGUCCCAUCGACUAAAACUAUAACAUCACAGAGCACUACUGUAACGUCAGUACCGUCUCCGACUUCCACUGGUGGAUUGAGCACAACAGUCCCUUCGACUAAAACUAAACCAUCACAGAACACUACUGUAACGUCAGUACCGUCUCCGACUUCCACUGGUGGAUUGAGCACAACAGUCCCUUCGACUGAAACUAAAAUAUCAGAGAACACUACUGUAACGUCAGUACCGUCUCCGACUUCCACUGGUGGAUUGAGCACAACAGUCCCUUCCACUAAAACUAAAACAUCACAGAGCACUACUGUGACGUCAGUACCGUCUCCGACUUCCACUGGUGGAUUGAGCACAACAGUCCCUUCGACUGAAACUAAAAUAUCAGAGAACCCUACUGUAACGUCAGUACCGUCUCCGACUUCCACUGGUGGAUUGAGCACAACAGUCCCUUCGACUAAAACUAAAACAUCACAGAGCACUACUGUGACGUCAGUACCGUCUCCGACUUCCACUGGUGGAUUUAGCACAACAGUCCCUUCGACUGAAACUAAAACAUCACAGAACCCUACUGUAACGUCAGUACCGUUUCCGACUUCCACUGGUGGAUUGAGCACAACAGUCCCUUCGACUGAAACUCAAACAUCACAGAACACUACUGUGACGUUAGUACCGUCUCCGACUUCCACUGGUGGAUUGAGCACAACAGUCCCUUCGACUGAAACUAAAAUAUCAGAGAACCCUACUGUAACGUCAGUACCGUCUCCGACUUCCACUGGUGGAUUUAGCACAACAGUCCCAUCGACUAAAACUAAAACAUCACAGAGCACUACUGUGACGUCAGUACCGUCUCCGACUUCCACUGGUGGAUUUAGCACAACAGUCCCUUCGACUAAAACUAAAACAUCACAGAACACUACUGUAACGUCAGUACCGUCUCCGACUUCCACUGGUGGAUUUAGCACAACAGUCCCUCCAACUAAAACUAAAACAUCACAGAGCACUACUGUGACGUCAUUACCGUCUCCGACUUCCACUGGUGGAUUGAGCACAACAGUCCCAUCGACUAAAACUAAACCAUCACAGAACCCUACUGUAACGUCAGUACCGUCUCCGACUUCCACUGGUGGAUUUAGCACAACAGUCCCUUCGACUGAAACUCAAACAUCACAGAACACUACUGUGACGUUAGUACCGUCUCCGACUUCCACUGGUGGAUUGAGCACAACAGUCCCUUCGACUGAAACUAAAAUAUCAGAGAACCCUACUGUAACGUCAGUACCGUCUCCGACUUCCACUGGUGGAUUGAGCACAACAGUCCCUUCCACUAAAACUAAAACAUCACAGAGCACUACUGUGACGUCAGUACCGUCUCCGACUUCCACUGGUGGAUUGAGCACAACAGUCCCUUCGACUGAAACUAAAAUAUCAGAGAACCCUACUGUAACGUCAGUACCGUCUCCGACUUCCACUGGUGGAUUGAGCACAACAGUCCCUUCGACUAAAACUAAAACAUCACAGAGCACUACUGUGACGUCAGUACCGUCUCCGACUUCCACUGGUGGAUUUAGCACAACAGUCCCUUCGACUGAAACUAAAACAUCACAGAACACUACUGUAACGUCAGUACCGUUUCCGACUUCCACUGGUGGAUUGAGCACAACAGUCCCUCCGACUUCCACUGGUGGAUUGAGCACAACAGUCCCAUCGACUGAAACUAAAACAUCACAGAACCCUACUGUAACGUCAGUACCGUCUCCGACUUCCACUGGUGGAUUGAGCACAACAGUCCCAUCGACUAAAACUAAACCAUCACAGAACCCUACU